GCAUCGAUUGAAUCUGGGAUUGAUUCGUCGAAACGCGCUCAAAGCGCAUGCGCACCCUUCCUCCUCCCUUUCUGCCAAAAGUGUCCGCAAUGGCACCGAUUAAGAAGCCUGUUGUGAAGGGUGGCAAGAAAAAGAAGCAGGUCCUGAAGUUCACACUGGACUGCACCCACCCUGUUGAGGAUGGCAUCAUGGACGCUGCUAACUUUGAGCAAUUCCUGCAGGAGCGCAUCAAAGUGAAUGGAAAAGCUGGCAACCUGGGUGGCGGUGUUGUCUCCAUUGAAAGGAGCAAGAGCAAAAUCACAGUGAUGUCAGAGGUCCCCUUCUCCAAAAGGUACCUGAAGUAUCUCACAAAGAAGUACCUGAAGAAGAACAACCUGCGAGACUGGCUGCGCGUGGUCGCCAACACCAAGGAGAGCUACGAGCUGCGCUACUUCCAGAUCAACCAGGAUGAGGAAGAGGAGGAGGACGAGGAUUAAGUUCACGGCUCUGUUUUGUAAAUGAAAUAAAUUUUCAAAAGAA